AUGGAUUGUAGCACAAGUUCUAAAGUUAACAAUCAAAUCGAAUCAACUCAUACUCAUCCAUCUCAAACAUUACUUCAAAUCACUUCGGAUGUAGAUUUAGCCAUCAAAGAUAUAAUCUCUCAACUCAAAUUACCUAGAAAAUCUCAAAAUGCACAACUUCCUUCUCCUGAAAAAACUCAAAAUGAAGAAUCUACAAACAUUCAAAGUAUAUCUACUAGUAAUGAAAAAUCCAAAAAAUCUGACAAGAAACGAAAACGUGGUCAUCAUUUAGGUGUGAUACAUAAACUUGGUCAAUUAUCUCAAAAUGCCGAUCUAGUCAAAAAAAGACCUCCAAAAAUCAUGAUGAGUGGUCAUCGAAUGGGAGGAAUGCCAUCUAGUCGAGUUGAACCGAAUUACGUAGUACCUGAUCUUGUCUUAGCUAUCACUCGACGAAUCUCAUUUAGUGUUUAUUUAAAAAACGCUAUUCAACACUUUCAAUCUAGAAAGAAUGGUCAGAUUAAACUUUUGGCUAUGGGAUCGGCUAUUUCGAUGGCUUUGUCUCUUGCAAUGGCUAUUGAACAUAAUUUGAAAUUGAGUGAUGGAUGUUCUUUGGUUAAAAAAGUAAAGACGGGUACCGUGGUUGUAGGGGAUGAGAUUCAACCUGAAACAGAAGUUAGUCAAUUCCAAUUCAAUCACAUCAUUCUCUUUGGUUGA